AUGCUUGAACUUGAACUUCCAUUGCCGUCUAUUGUUUAUCGAGGGGCGCAAAUGAGCAAAAUUGACAUCGAACUCUUGCAAGAGAGCAAGAAUUGUCUUAUCGCAACAAAUGGCUUUCUCUCCACGACUCGUAAUCGUGAGGUCGCUAAAAUUUAUGCAGGCUCUGGUGUGAUCAUAUCAAGACGUCGUGGCGAAAUUCAUGCUGUCAUUUUCGAAUUUGUUAUACCGUCUGAUUUACAAUCGAUUGUGUUCGCUGACAUUUCCUAUUUGAGUAAAAUGAUCGAUGAGGAGGAAGUUCUAUUCGAUAUUGGAACGACAUUCAUUGUCUCUGAUGUUACUUAUGAUGAUGUUGAACAAACGUGGAUUAUUCGUCUCAUUGGCUCGGACAAAGGCCGUAAUAUUGUUAGUAAAGAAUAUAUUGAAUUUUAUCGUGAACACACCAAGAAUCUAUCACCAACAAUAAAACUGGGUGAAUUUCUCACUAUUGUUGGACGGUAUGAUCAAGCACGGGAUUAUUUUGAUGAUUUACUGAAAGUUGAUUAUGAAAAUGAGGUUCAUAUUCUGUAUAGUCUCGCUUGGAUUGAUCAAUGCCAAGGCAAAUAUAAGGAUGCACGAGUCAAACUAGAUUGUGCUUAUGAGCUGGAAAAUCAAAACCAUUCACCAUCUCAACAGAUAUUACGACAUAUUAUCAUCGACAAUGGUACUAUUCAUCUAUUAAUGGGUGAACCAAAUCUAGCAUUGAAUUGUUAUCUAAAAGCCGACAAAAUGAUGUCAAGCUCGGCUGUAUUCAACAAUAUCGGACUUUCUUAUCGGCAAAAGCGACAGUGGGAUAAGGCCUUGGAGUUUUUCAACAAGGCACUAGCACGAGAUCAACAUGAUUGGCCAAAUGGACAUUAUCGAAUCGGGAUCACUUUGGACAAUAUUGGUCGAACCUACAAUGGUCAGGGAAAGUAUAGAAGAGCACUCAAAUUUCAUUUCCGAGGUCUAAAAAUGAAACAGUUAACCUUACCGGAAGACCAUAAAGAUAUUGGCAUUAGUUUCAACAAUAUUGGCUUGACCUAUAACGAUCUGGAAAUGUACGAUGAGGCAUUGGUUUACCUUAUGCGUGCAGUUGAUAUCUAUAAAAUGUGCUUGCCAGAAAUUCAUCGUGAGCAGGGCAUUCUAUUCGAUAACAUCGCUAUUGCAUAUCGGUUCAAAGAACAGUGGAAUGAAUGUUUCUACUAUUAUCAACUAGCACUUCACAUCAAAGAACACCUCGAUCCAAUCGAUCGGCUAAUACUUGCUCAGACUCUCCACAAUCUCGGUGUAGUGUAUGCUGAUUCAUCUAUAACGAAUGAUCAGCAGGAUGAUAAGAAAGCAUUCGACUAUUUUCAACGAGCACUUUCCAUGCAUGAAGCUAAUGGGUCGAUAUGGUCGCUCGAUGCUGCCACCACACUUUACGAACAGGCUCGAUUACAUGAACGGUGUCAAGAAUAUCGAGAAGCUUUUGAAUUAUUAAUUCAAGCUCUGAAUAUUCAGCAGACUACUUUGCCUCGCAAUCAUCCGGAAACGAUCAAAACUCGAACAGCGUUAAUUGGACUCAAGAUUGAACUUUGA